AUGACCAAAUUUGCCAACUUCCAUUGCCUGCUUCUUCUCUUCUUCUUCUUCUUCUUCUUCUUUGCUGCAGUGGCACCAAACUUCACUUUUGUUGAUGCAUCUGCCUUAUCAGCAGCAUCUUCUAGUGGUUUCUUAAGCUUGUCGUGUGGCGCGUCUUCCAGCUUCACCGACUCCUCCGGCAUACAAUGGAACCCCGACGAUCCCUACAUCGACACCGGCAACACCACCACCGUGCUCUCCCUCUCCAAUCCCCAUGUCACCUCGCCCUCCCGCCUCCCCUUGCGCUUCUUCCCCAACUCCGACCCCGGGACCCGAAGCUGCUACCGCAUUCCCAUGCCGAUGAAUGUUUCCGUCGUCCUUGUUCGCCCUACUUUUCUUUACAAGAAUCACGAUCUCAGAAAUCGGCCUCCAUCGUUUGCAGUCUCUCUCGGAACUGCCAUUGCUGCCGUUGUGAACCUCACCGUGUCUGACCCUUGGGUGGAGGAGUUCAUCUUGCUGGUUCGGAAGAAAGUUAUGGUCUUUUGCUUGCUUUCUGUCCCCAGUGGUGGAUCUCCGGUUAUCUCUUCUAUUGAAGUUCGGCCGGUGCCUGAUGGUGCUUAUGGUGCUGGUCUCGGUGGUGAUCGAUGGAAUCAUUUGUUGAGGAAGCGAUUCAGGAUAAAUUGUGGGUAUAAUGGCAGUGAGCCUCUCAGGUAUCCUUCUGAUCCUUCAGACCGUUUAUGGGAUGCUGAUCGGUACUUUUCGCCGUCCCGAUUGUCUGCUGGAUUCCACAUUGAGGUUCCUCUCAAUGUUUCCGGGCUUAUAGAGAGCCCACCGGUUGCUGUACUUCAGACUGCGAGAGUUUUAGCGAGGAAGAAUGUUUUGGCAUAUAAUCUUGCUCUUGAUAUUCUUGGAGACUAUUUAGUGGUUUUAUAUUUUGCUGGCAUUUUACCAGUGUCAUCCUCUUUUGAUAUUCUGGUUAAUGCUGAUACUGUGAGAUCAAGUUACAUGGUGCAUCAUGGGGAAGCUAGUGUAGUCUUGCAAUUGGUGAAGAGUGUUGAUGCUUUGAAUAUUAUGUUUCAAAAUAUCACCUUUUAUCCUCAAGUGAAUGCCUUUGAGGUUUAUGAAAUAGUUGAGAUGCCUCAGGAGGCUUCAUCAACCACAGUUUCUGCUCUUCAGGUUAUCCAACAAUCAACUGGCUUUGAUUUAGGAUGGCAAGAUGAUCCUUGCUCUCCUUUACCAUGGAAACAUGUUGAAUGCAAUGGAAGCUUGGUUACAUCAUUGGCGCUUUCUGAUAUGGACUUGGGAGCCAUGGGAUUGACAUUUGGAGAUUUAAUGGAUUUGAAAACAUUAGACCUGCAUAACACAUCUCUUGCUGGAGAAAUUAUGAACUUAGGCAGCUUGCAACUACUUGAAACCUUGAACUUGAGCUUUAAUAAGCUGACUUCAUUUGGCUCGGGCAUUAGCACCAUGACCAAUCUUCAAAUAUUAGACUUAAAGAACAAUAGUCUUGAAGGAGCUGUACCAGACAGCUUGGGAAGUUUAAAGAAUCUUCACUUAUUAAAUUUAGAAAACAAUAAACUUGAAGGUGUCUUGCCACAAUCUUUGAACAGGGAAAAUCUACAAGUUAGAACAUCAGGAAAUUUAUGUCUUUCUCUCACUUUGUCAACAUGCAACAACCUAUCAGACCACCCUUCACUUCAGCCUCCACACUUUACUGUUGUUGACAUACACAAGCAUUCCAAUCAUGCGAAGAAAGCAAAAAUUUUUGGUGUUAUUGGAGUGUUAUGUUGUAUGAUUAUACUCAUUUCAGUUGCCAUAUUUAAGUUCAAAAGGUGGAAUGAAACUGAUGCGACAACAUCUAAUCCAUGGACGAUGGCAGAAAUGCGGAGCUGGAAUGCUACCAAAAUUUUCACUUACAAAGACAUAAAGGUUGCUACAAACAACUUUAAGGAUGUUAUAGGCAGUGGUGGGUUCGGAAACAUUUACCUUGGUAAAUUAUCAGAUGGGAAACUGGUAGCUGUGAAAGUACGGUCUGAUAGAACACAACUUGGUGCAGACUCAUUUAUUAAUGAGGUACGCCUUUUAACUCAAGUUAGGCAUCCGAACCUUGUAACUUUGGAAGGAUUUUGCCAUGAAUCAGAUCAACAAAUUCUAGUAUAUGAGUACCUACCUGGCAGAUCACUGGCUGAUAAUCUCUAUGGUCCAAACAAUAAGAAGGCAACAUUAGAUUGGGCUUGCAGGCUGAAGAUUGCUGUUGAUGCAGCUAAAGGACUGGAUUAUCUACAUAAUGGAAGCAAUCCACGAAUCAUUCACCGGGAUGUAAAGUCCAGCAACAUCCUUUUGGACAUGGAGAUGAAUGCAAAGGUCAGUGACUUUGGCCUCUCCAAACAAGUGUCUCAGGCCAGUGCAUCCCAUGUGACUACUGCUGUCAAAGGAACUGCUGGUUAUCUUGAUCCCGAAUACUAUUCUACCCAGCAGUUAACUGAGAAGAGUGAUGUCUACAGCUUUGGCAUCGUUUUGCUAGAAUUGAUUUGUGGCCGAGAACCUUUGAGUCAUGCAGGCUCUCCGGAUACUUACAAUCUAGUGUUAUGGGCAAAGCCCUACUUGCAAGCCGACGCCUUUGAAAUUGUCGAUGAAUGCAUAAAGGGAACGUUUGAUGUCGAAAGCAUGAGAAAGACUGCUUCAGUUGCUGUUAGAUGUGUCUGUAGAGAUGCAUCUGGUAGGCCAACAAUUGCACAAGUACUAGCUGAGCUCAGGGAGGCUUACACCAUUCAACUCACCUCCUCUUCAAUUGGAGGAAGUUUAAACUGAAUUUUUUAACCCUUUUUUUUCCGACAUUUUUUUUUUCUGUUGUAUUGAAGAACUUCAGUUGCAUUUCCGGCAAUAUUGUCGGGGCAAGUAGUGUAGGCAUAGCACAUGAAUGAAACAAUCCAGGGAGCUCUAAGAAUGCUUUUUUGAAUCUUGUUACCUUGAAGAAAAUUUGUUUGAGAAUUUGAAUGGAUUUUGCAA